UCUCCUCCCUUCCUUCCUUCCUUCCGCCGCCUCCCUCUCUCUGUCCCCGAUCCAGAUCGGCCUCUCCCUCACCCCUCGCACCGCGCCCUCCUUCCCUCGCGCUGUCACCGGCGGCGCGGCGCCCUCCUUCUCUCGCGCUGCACCCGAACCUCGCUCCCGCUCCCAGCUCUUCUUCCUCCUCCGCUGCAGCUAGGGUUUCGUCUCCCCGAUCCCCAAUCCCCGUGCAGAUGGAGAACCGAAAUAAGUCCGACCUCAAGAGGAAGCGUCUGGACGAUGGGACGGAGCAGGAGCAGGAGCCUGCUAUCAAGGAGACGUGCCAAGUCCUGAAGGAGAUGGAAAGCGAGGUCCAGAACCUCCGGGACGACAACAACCUGCUCCGCGACGAGCUCCUUGGCAAGGACCGGCAGCUUGCGGAGACGGAUACGCUUUUAGUUGACAGGGAGCACCAGCUUUCAAAGAGCCAGACACUUCUAGUUGACAGUGAGUCCUGGUCUAAUCUCGAGUUCUUCUUGACAUUGGUGGUGUGUCAGCAUAAAAUAUGCAUUUAUGGGGAUUAAUACGUGUCUUCUUGAAAGAGAGCAUUGUGUGUCCGAUUGAGAAGGUUAUCAACUUAUCUUUGUUAUGAUCUGAAUUUCAGGCAACUCACAUAUCUGAAUAUUUGAAUGGUGUAAGCAACUGCUUUUCCAGGCUGUGACAUCCUUAUAGAUCAGGCGUAAUUGUUUGAGUAGAUUUUUUUAAUCUUAAUUUGCUGAUUGCCACAAUUCUUUGAUAUUUAGUUUGCAAAGUGAACACCAAAAGCGCUGAUUGCUUGAGUUGAUUCCCUUUUAUAUGAUAUACUUAUGCUCAAAGGGAGUUGGAAAAUUAGCAACAAACAAGACAUAUCACAUGAUAUUAGUCAACAAACUGAACAGCUAUUUUGAUACUUCUCACUAUUGUAGUAAUAUAUUCUAAUUGGGCUAUUGUUAUAUCACAUUGCAACUCGCAUAUGAAUAUAUGAGUGUGUCAACAUGUGGUCGC